AUGAUCUCGAUGAUGACCCGGAAGAUUUUACCGAGACAUCUGAUACAUGGAACUCGCCCGAGCUCAUUGUGAUCCCAUUGCCAUCAAACCUCGGGGUAGAUCGAUGCAGACGCUUGAUGGCAGAGGAUCUCAUUCCGCUGGAGAUGUCCCUUCGCAAGGGCAGGCAAAUGAUGCACUUCACAACCUCCGCAUUCACUUGUGCAACAAGGCAGUCCUAUUCCGAACGACGGAUCCAAAUGAUGAAACUUGACACGGGGCAUGGCCAACUUCAGAAGUACAAAUCCCUGCUUCAUGAGCAGCUCAAAGUCAGCACUGCUGUGGGUGAUCCAAAUGCCUGUGGUCAACAAAAUGAAUCCCUCGCGUGGUUCUGGUCUGUCGAGGUCGACAUGCGUGGUCCGGAUCAAUCAUGGAAUGAGGAAUGCAAAGGCACUACGGGAUUGAUGGAAGGAAGAGCUGAUGUUGGUCCAAUUCGAGAUGGAUUGGACAUGAAUCAUUCACGAAACGACUUCUGGGUCAUGCAUGCUACUCCGGAAGGCAAUCCCGAAUCCCCGGGAAUUGGCUGGUGUGAUACUCCUGCAUCAGCCAUGCCUGAAUUAUAUCCUUCUCCUGCAUCCACUUCUGACAAUCAGAAUUUACUCGAUGAGUACUGGCCCCUCACUCUCACUCCUACAGACAUUUCAGCUACUAUGUCGAUGUCUGCAUUGCGCAUCCACGCAUCCAUCUCCCAAUAUCAGGUGGAGGCUGCAAACAACAAUCUUCCCCCUUUGGCUCGGAUCAGGCACUUCAAAGCUGGGCUGCAAUGGGAGAUCACUACUUUUGUCAUGCCCAUCCUCCAGUACUCAGCUGCCAGGAACAUCAUUUCGGUCGUUCCCAGCCCUAUUGCUCAUAUUCUUCAUUUGAUUCCUGGUCACACCUGGAACACAGUUCUGGAUCACAUCUUUUCAUAUCACAUCUAUCCCGGAGAUCCAUCCCGGAUCGUAUCUGGCUAUGAUACCCCAUGGUGGAUGGGAGAAACUGCAAUCCUGGAUGAACCAUGGCAAUGGGAUUGGGUGAUGACUUGCUGUAUCUUUCACUACCAGCAUUGGCUAGAUGGUGUUGAGAAUGAUGGUCUGACAAUUCUGGAACAGGUGGAUCAUACCUCAGUUCCAUAA